AUGCAAUGUUCCUGGAAGGCUGUCCUCCUCCUAGCCUUGGCAUCCAUUGCGAUCCAGUACACGGCAAUCCGGACCUUCACCGCCAAGUCCUUCCACAGCUGCCCCAACCCCAACCCCGUCAACUGCAGCCUGAGCCAGGACACGGACGUAAACGACAGGCUGUGCGAUGAGAGCCCCACCUUCACCUAUAACCUCUCCAGGAAGACUCAUGUCCUCAUCCUUGCCACCACCCGCAGCGGCUCCUCGUUCGUCGGGCAGCUGUUUAACCAGCACUUUGAUGUCUUCUAUUUAUUCGAGCCCCUCUACCACGUGCAGUACACCCUGAUCCCAAAGCUGACCCAGAGCAAGAGUAUGAUGGACAGGCGGGUCAUGCUGGGCCCCAGCCGAGACCUGCUGAGGAGCCUGUAUGACUGUGACCUGUACUUCUUGGAGAACUACAUCAAACCCCAGCCUGUCAACCACACCACUGACCGCCUCUUCCGCAGAGGAGCCAGCAAGGCCCUGUGCUCACCCCCUGUUUGUGAGUCCCUGGGAGCUGUCGAUCUCCACCUGGAGGAGGGAGACUGUGUGAAGAAGUGCGGGACCUUGAACCUGACACUGGCCACCGAGUCCUGCAGAGAGCAUGGGCACGUGGCCAUCAAAACCGUGCGGGUGCCCGAGGUCAGUGACCUCCGGGCCCUGGUGGAGGACCCACGGCUGAACUUGAAGGUCAUCCAGCUGGUGAGGGACCCCCGGGGGAUCCUGGCAUCCCGGAGCGAGACCUUCCGGGACACCUACCGCCUCUGGAGGAUCUGGGAUGGCACUGGCAGGAAGCCAUACAACCUGGAUGUGACCCAGCUCACCACGGUGUGUGAGGACUUCUGGAAUUCUGUGUCCACUGGCCUCAACCGGCCACCAUGGCUCAAGGGCAAGUACAUGCUGGUGCGGUAUGAAGACUUGGCCAGGAACCCCAUGAAAAAGACCGAGGAGAUCUAUGAUUUCUUGGGCAUCCCUAUGGACAGCAAUGUGGAGCGCUGGAUACAGAACAACACCCGAGGAGACAGGUCCUCCUCCAAACACAAGUACGGGACCGUGCGCAACUCGGCGGCGACGGCGGAGAAGUGGCGGUUCCGGCUGUCCUACGAGAUCGUGGCGUUCACCCAGCACGCCUGCCAGCAGGUGCUGGCCCAGCUUGGCUACAAAGCUGCUGGCUCUGAGGAGGAGCUAAAGAACCUCUCCAUCAGCCUGGUGGAGGAGAGAGACUUCCUGCCCUUCUCCUAAGGGAGCCCCGGGGCAGGGGGGCAGUUUUGAUAUGGACUGUUUCUAACUGUUGCCUUAUUUUAUUUUAUUUCAUUUUGUUUCCCCCCCUCUUUCUCUCUCUUGUCUUUUUCUCUCCAAAAUUUGCACUAAACCUUGAGCAGGAAUCUCAACAGAGUCCAGGGGAAGCGACUGCUGCCCCUCAACACGUUUCGGACACAAGAGGAGUUGGGUCUCUCCAGGCAAGAGCUAGAACUGUGGAUGGGUAACAAUGUUUACAAAACACAAAAUGUAUAAAGCAACCUUCAAGAUUUCCAAACUGAAGGGUACCUGGGGUACUGUACUUUUGCACUGUUUACUUUUACAAUGUAAGAGGUAAAUAUAAAUAUAAUUUAUGAA